AGACGAUUUCCAUAGUAACCCGAUCAAGUGGCUCAGGACCGCAAACCUGAGGAUUUCGUCGGCCCCGCUGGCGUUGACCUCGGCCAGUUCCCACAAACAGUAAUUACUGAAGAAUAACAACGGGAGACAAUAGAGUUAAAUGUAAAUCCAGGUGUUAUGGUUCUGAAACUAAGAAAAAUAACUGAAGUCCUAAUUCUCCAAUUCUUCUCCUGGCAUGAGAAGUACUGUACUUUUGUAUUAAAAUGGAGAAUUGUGAAGACAGGAAGAGGUAGCAGUUGGAAAUGACUUUCCUGGAUGAGUAGAUCACUUAGGAGACAUCAACAUUACAGAACGAUAUGCUGGCUUGGAAGGUGCUGGAACUAAACUGCAAACUUUCGUUUUUUUCAUUCAAUCCAUGGAUUUUCUAAUUGUUCCUUGGAGUAGAUGAAGUCCAAAGCCAGUGUGUGAUGGGGCGUGUGGCGUGCCAGUGUUUUCCUAUUUACUGCAUCUUGGAUUAGUUUGCUGCCAUUUUGAAGAGUUUGCAUUUUGUGGGCAAAGACCUAAUGUGAUGGAUUUAUCUUCAGAAAUGAACAGACAUGGGAAGAAUCCAGUGAGUCACAAGCUGGAAGACCAGAAGAAGAUUUACACUGACUGGGCCAACCACUACCUGGCAAAAUCUGGCCACAAGCGGUUGAUCAAGGACUUGCAGCAGGACAUUGCGGACGGGGUCCUUCUGGCAGACAUCAUCCAGAUCAUUGCAAAUGAGAAAGUUGAAGAUAUCAAUGGAUGUCCAAGAAGUCAGUCUCAGAUGAUUGAAAAUGUUGAUGUCUGCCUUAGUUUUCUGGCCGCCCGAGGAGUAAACGUCCAAGGUCUGUCUGCUGAAGAAAUAAGGAAUGGAAACCUAAAAGCCAUCCUAGGGCUCUUUUUCAGCUUGUCUCGCUACAAGCAACAACAGCAUCAUCAACAGCAGUAUUACCAGUCCUUGGUGGAGCUUCAGCAGCGAGUGACUCAUAGUGUUCCUCAAUCGGAAGCCAGCCAGGCCAAAACCCAGCAAGAUAUGCAGUCCAGUCUGACAGCCAGAUAUGCAGCUCAGUCUAAACACAGUGGGAUUGCAACCAGUCAGAAAAAGCCUACUAGGCUUCCAGGGCCCUCUAGGGUGCCAGCUGCAAGCAGCAGCAACAAGGCUCAGGGAGCCUCCAAUCUAAACAGGAGAAGUCAGAGCUUUAACAGCAUUGACAAAAACAAGCCUCCAAAUUAUGCAAAUGGAAAUGAAAAAGAUUCCCCCAAAGGACCUCAACCAUCUUCAGGUAUAAAUGGAAACACACAGCCUCCUAAUACUUCUGGGCAACCCCCAGCCUCUGCCAUCCCUUCCCCAAGCGCCAGCAAGCCCUGGCGCAGCAAGUCCAUGAAUGUCAAGCACAGUGCAACCUCCACCAUGCUGACAGUGAAGCAGCCAAGCCCUGCCACCUCUCCCACACCAUCUUCAGACAGACUGAAGCCGCCUGCCACAGAAGGGGUCAAAAGUGCUCCUUCGGGACAGAAAUCAAUGCUUGAAAAAUUCAAGCUGGUAAAUGCCCGGACAGCCUUGCGCCCCCCUCAGGCUCCCUGUUCCGGACCUAAUGAUGGUGGGAGAGAUGAUGAUGCCUUCUCUGAAUCAGGAGAAAUGGAAGGUUUUAACAGUGGUCUGAAUAGUGGUGGCUCCACAAACAGCAGCCCCAAAGUGUCACCUAAAUUAACCCCUCCGAAAGCAGGAAGCAAAAAUUUCAGCAAUAAAAAGUCUUUGCUGCAGCCAAAAGAAAAGGAGGAGAAAAACAGGGACAAGAAUAAAGCCUGCGCUGAGAAGCCAGGAAAAGAAGAGAAGGACCAGGUGAUGGAGGCAGCUCCGAAAAAGACCUCUAAAAUCGCAAGCUUGAUCCCAAAGGGCAGCAAGACCACAGCAGCCAAGAAAGAGAGCUUAAUUCCAUCGUCCAGUGGAAUUCCAAAGCCAGGCUCAAAGGUGCCCACGCCAAAGCAAACUAUUUCACCCGGCAGUGCAGCAAGUAAAGAGUCUGAGAAAUUCAGGACUAGCAAGGGAAGCUCGUCCCAGGCCUUCCCAAAGGCCAUCACUACGGAGAAGGCAAACAUGCCCAGCCUCUCUGCUCCUCUGGAGGGGCGGGAAGUGGGCCAAGCAUCUCCCUCCAGCUCCUGUGUUGUGCAGGUAGCACACAGCAGUGGGCAGAGCCCUGCCAAUGGAGCUGUCCAGCUCCCUCAGCAGCAGCAGCAUAGUCAUCCCAACACUGCCACGGUGGCUCCGUUCAUUUACAGAGCACAUUCAGAAAAUGAAGGCACCUCUUUACCACCUGUUGACUCCUGUACCAGUCCUACAAAGAUGGAUUCUUCCUAUAGUAAGACGGCUAAGCAAUGCCUAGAAGAGAUAUCCGGUGAGGACCCUGAAGCUAGGAGAAUGCGCACAGUCAAGAACAUAGCAGAUCUGAGGCAGAACUUGGAAGAGACAAUGUCCAGUCUUCGAGGGACCCAGAUAAGCCACAGCACCCUGGAGACAACAUUUGAUACAACUGUGACAACCGAAGUGAAUGGAAGGGCCAUCCCCAACCUGGCAAGCCGACCUACCCCCAUGACCUGGAGACUGGGUCAAGCGUGCCCUCGUCUACAGGCUGGAGAUGCCCCCUCCAUGGGCGCUGGAUAUUCUCGAAGCGGUACCAGCCGAUUCAUCCACACGGAUCCCUCCCGGUUUAUGUAUACAACACCUCUCCGCAGAGCUGCUGUCUCGCGUCUGGGAAACAUGUCACAAAUAGAUAUGAGCGAGAAAGCAAGCAGUGAUCUGGAUGUGUCUUCUGAAGUGGAUGUUGGUGGAUAUAUGAGUGACGGUGAUAUCCUUGGGAAGAGUCUGAGAGCAGAUGAUAUCAACAGUGGGUACAUGACAGAUGGUGGGCUCAACCUAUAUACUAGAAGUCUUAACCGAGUACCAGAUACAGCAGCUUCUAGGGAUGUCAUCCAGAGAGGAGUUCACGAUGUGACAGUGGAUGCAGACAGCUGGGAUGACAGCAGUUCCGUGAGCAGUGGUCUCAGUGAUACACUUGACAACAUUAGCACAGACGACCUCAAUACCACAUCCUCCAUCAGCUCUUACUCAAACAUCACUGUUCCCUCCAGGAAGAACACUCAGCUGAAAACAGAUGCAGAGAAACGUUCAACAACAGAUGAGACCUGGGAUUGUCCGGAGGAGCUGAAGAAAACGGAGGAAGAUUUUGACAGCCAUGGUGAUGGAGGUGCCAAGUGGAAGGGUGUUACUUCUGGACUUGCUGAAGACUCAGAAAAGACUGGGCAGAAAGCUGGCCUGUCCAUGUCUCAGACAGGCUCCUGGAGGAGAGGCAUGUCUGCCCAGGGAGGAACGCCAGCUAGGCAGAAAACCAGCACAAGUGCACUCAAGACCCCUGGGAAGACAGAUGAUGCCAAAGCUUCCGAGAAAGGGAAAACUCCUCUUAAGGGAUCAUCCUUGCAAAGGUCUCCUUCAGAUGCAGGGAAAAGCAGCGGGGAUGAAGGGAAAAAGCCACCCUCAGGCAUUGGAAGAUCGACCGCCAGCAGUUCUUUUGGAUAUAAGAAGCCAAGUGGUGUAGGGGCCUCUACUAUGAUUACCAGCAGCGGUGCUACUAUAACAAGCGGCUCAGCUACACUGGGAAAAAUCCCCAAAUCCACUGCCAUUGGUGGGAAGUCCAAUGCAGGAAGGAAAACCAGCUUGGAUGGGUCCCAGAAUCAAGAUGAUGUUGUCCUGCACGUGAGCUCGAAGACCACCCUCCAGUACCGCAGUUUGCCCCGCCCUUCUAAGUCCAGCACCAGCGGAAUCCCUGGGAGAGGUGGCCACAGAUCAAGCACCAGCAGCAUUGAUUCCAAUGUCAGCAGCAAGUCAGCUGGGGCCACCACCUCCAAACUGAGAGAACCCACUAAGAUCGGCUCAGGGCGCUCCAGUCCAGUCACUGUCAAUCAAACAGACAAAGAAAAGGAGAAAGUAGCAGUGUCGGAUUCAGAGAGUGUUUCCUUGUCAGGUUCCCCCAAAUCCAGCCCCACCUCUGCCAGUGCCUGUGGUACUCAAGGGCUCAGACAGCCAGGGUCCAAAUAUCCAGAUAUUGCCUCGCCUACGUUUCGAAGGUUGUUCGGUGCCAAGGCAGGCGGCAAAUCUGCCUCCGCACCUAAUACCGAGGGGGUGAAAUCCUCCUCGGUAGUGCCCAGCCCUAGUACCUCUUUAGCCCGACAAGGCAGUCUGGAGUCACCGUCGUCCGGUACGGGAAGCAUGGGCAGUGCUGGUGGGCUGAGUGGCAGCAGCAGCCCUCUCUUCAAUAAACCCUCAGACCUAACUACAGAUGUUAUAAGCUUAAGUCACUCCUUGGCUUCCAGCCCAGCGUCGGUUCACUCUUUCACAUCCGGUGGGCUUGUGUGGGCUGCCAAUCUGAGCAGUUCCUCUGCCGGCAGCAAGGACACUCCAAGUUACCAGUCCAUGACUAGUCUCCAUACGAGCUCUGAGUCCAUUGACCUGCCCCUCAGCCAUCAUGGCUCCCUGUCUGGACUGACCACAGGCACUCACGAGGUGCAGAGCCUGCUCAUGAGAACGGGUAGUGUGAGAUCUACUCUCUCAGAAAGCAUGCAGCUUGACAGAAAUACACUACCCAAAAAGGGACUAAGAUACACCCCAUCAUCUCGGCAGGCCAACCAAGAAGAAGGCAAAGAGUGGCUACGUUCGCAUUCCACUGGUGGGCUGCAGGAUACUGGUAACCAGUCUCCCUUGGUCUCCCCUUCUGCCAUGUCAUCUUCAGCCACAGGAAAAUACCACUUUUCCAACUUGGUGAGUCCCACCAACCUGUCUCAGUUUAACCUGCCUGGGCCCAGUAUGAUGCGCUCCAGCAGCAUUCCCGCCCAGGACUCCUCCUUCGACCUCUAUGAUGAUGCCCAGCUUUGUGGUAGUGCCACUUCUCUGGAGGAAAGGCCACGUGCCAUCAGCCACUCAGGCUCAUUCAGAGACAGCAUGGAGGAAGUUCAUGGCUCUUCACUGUCAUUGGUCUCUAGCACAUCCUCCCUUUACUCUACGGCUGAAGAGAAGGCUCAUUCAGAGCAAAUCCAUAAGCUACGGAGAGAACUGGUUGCCUCCCAGGAGAAAGUGGCCACCCUUACAUCUCAGCUGUCAGCAAACGCUCACCUUGUAGCAGCUUUUGAAAAGAGUUUAGGGAAUAUGACUGGCCGUUUGCAAAGUCUAACCAUGACAGCAGAACAAAAGGAAUCUGAACUUAUAGAACUACGGGAAACCAUUGAAAUGCUGAAGGCCCAGAACUCUGCUGCCCAGGCAGCCAUUCAGGGUGCUCUGAAUGGCCCAGACCAUCCUCCCAAAGAUCUCCGCAUCAGAAGACAACACUCCUCUGAAAGUGUUUCUAGUAUCAACAGUGCCACGAGCCAUUCCAGCAUUGGCAGUGGUAAUGAUGCCGACUCCAAGAAAAAGAAGAAGAAAAACUGGCUGAGAAGUUCUUUCAAGCAAGCCUUUGGAAAGAAAAAGUCCACCAAGCCACCUUCCUCGCAUUCGGACAUUGAAGAGCUAACAGACUCCUCCCUGCCAGCUUCACCCAAGCUACCCCACAAUGCUGGCGAGAGUGGCUCCUCAUCCAUGAAGCCCUCGCAGUCGGCCUCAGCGAUCUGCGAGUGCACAGAGGCUGAGGCUGAGAUCAUUCUGCAGUUGAAGAGCGAGCUCAGAGAGAAGGAAUUAAAAUUAACAGAUAUAAGGCUGGAGGCCCUCAGCUCUGCUCACCAUCUCGAUCAGAUCCGUGAAGCCAUGAACCGUAUGCAGAACGAAAUUGAAAUAUUGAAGGCUGAAAAUGACCGGCUGAAGGCAGAGACUGGAAACACAGCUAAACCUGCCAGGCCCCCAUCUGAAUCCUCAAGCACAGCCUCCUCCUCUUCUUCUCGCCAGUCCUUAGGGCUUUCACUCAACAACCUGAACAUCACAGAGUCUGUUACCUCAGAUAUUUUGCUAGAUGACACUGGUGAUGCAACUGGACAUAAGGAUGGCCGCAGUGUGAAAAUUAUAGUCUCCAUCAGCAAGGGCUACGGUCGAGCCAAGGACCAGAAGUCUCAGGCAUAUUUGAUAGGAUCCAUUGGUGUUAGUGGAAAAACUAAAUGGGAUGUCUUAGAUGGUGUCAUUAGGCGUCUCUUUAAGGAAUAUGUGUUCCGAAUUGAUCCAUCCUCUAGUCUUGGUCUGAGCUCUGACUGUAUUGCUAGCUACUGUAUAGGAGAUUUAAUUAGAUCUCAUAACCUAGAAGUGCCUGAACUGCUACCUUGUGGAUACCUGGUUGGAGAUAAUAAUAUCAUCACUGUGAACCUGAAAGGGGUAGAAGAAAAUAGUUUGGACAGUUUUGUUUUUGAUACACUGAUUCCUAAACCAAUUACCCAAAGGUACUUUAACUUGCUGAUGGAGCACCACAGAAUUAUACUCUCAGGACCAAGUGGUACUGGAAAGACCUAUUUAGCAAACAAACUUGCUGAAUAUGUAAUAACAAAAUCUGGAAGGAAAAAGACAGAAGAUGCAAUUGCUACCUUUAAUGUGGACCACAAAUCAAGUAAGGAAUUGCAGCAGUAUCUUGCCAACCUGGCUGAACAAUGCAGUGCAGACAAUAAUGGGGUAGAGCUCCCUGUUGUAAUCAUUCUGGAUAAUCUUCACCAUGUGGGCUCUUUGAGUGAUAUCUUCAACGGUUUUCUCAAUUGUAAAUACAACAAAUGUCCUUAUAUUAUUGGAACCAUGAAUCAGGGAGUCUCUUCAUCACCAAAUUUAGAACUACACCAUAAUUUCAGGUGGGUAUUAUGUGCAAACCACACAGAACCUGUGAAAGGCUUUUUAGGCAGGUAUCUUCGAAGGAAAUUGAUAGAGAUGGAAAUUGAAAGGAAUAUACGUAAUAAUGACCUAGUCAAAAUUAUAGAAUGGAUUCCUAAGACUUGGCACCAUCUCAAUAGUUUUUUGGAAACACACAGUUCUUCCGAUGUCACCAUUGGUCCUCGGCUUUUCCUUCCUUGUCCCAUGGAUGUGGAAAGUUCUAGGGUGUGGUUCAUGGAUCUUUGGAAUUAUUCGUUGGUACCUUAUGUUCUGGAGGCAGUGAGGGAAGGCCUACAGAUGUAUGGGAAACGUGCACCAUGGGAAGAUCCUUCCAAGUGGGUCCUUGACACGUACCCAUGGAGUUCGGCGUCCUUGCCUCAGGAAGGCCCAGCGUUACUGCAGUUGCGACCAGAAGAUGUUGGGUAUGAGGCCUGCACAUCUACAAAGGAAGCCACAACGUCAAAGCACAUUCCCCAGACUGAUACAGAAGGGGACCCCUUGAUGAAUAUGCUAAUGAAGCUCCAAGAAGCGGCCAACUACCCAGGCACACAAAGCUGUGACAGUGAUAGCGUCAGCCACCAUGAAGACAUUUUGGAUACAUCUAUCGAAUCCACCCUCUAAAGGGUGAAAGAGUUAGGCAAAGGACUAUGCUUUUCAAAAGGUGUUUUAAAAGACAGGUAUUGUCACUAAACCACUGCCAGUAUGAAAGUCCCCCGUCCAGGGCCCUGACCUAGAGUUGUGGUGUCCAAGGAGGCAGCAGAAUGAGGUUGGAACUGCCAAGAUGCUAAAUUGAAAUGAGAGCUUAAGUUUAUUUUAUUCCUAGGCAUUUUUAUAACCAUGGAGUUAGCAGCGGCUCCAUUGCUUGACUGGAAAGGGCCCUAAAGACUGGGCAACCAAGUAGAUUACACAUGGGAUAGUGAGACUGGACUUUAUUUUCUUCCUCUUUCAAAGUUUACAGUGCAGGCCUAUUUUUUUUUCUUUUUUCUUUGUCUUUUUUUGUGCCUUUCUUUUGUUUCCUCGGGGCGGAGGCUGCCCUUCUCAGGCAGGAUCCUUCUGAUCCAUGGAACUUUCUUUGUGCCACAUGGUGCUGGUGACAGAGCCCAAGUAGAGUUUAUGUUGUGUACUCACUCACUGCAGAAUGAACCCAUGAGGCCAGUCCUCCAUAAGCACAAAGGGAAUUGUGCACCCACCAUAAAAUAAAAUCGCCUGUGGCAAACGGGAAGGGCCAGCUUCCUUCUAACUGCCGUGCUCACUCCUGAAGGGCACUACCCUCUCUUAGGGUAUGAGUCAUGGGUUUUAUAAGGUUGUUUUUACCACAGUGGUCUUUUCAAACCACCUGCCAACUCCCUGAACCAGAGUUUUAUACCGAUUAUUAGUCAACACUGACAAAAGGCUUUUUAGGGCUUUAUUUGUUUGAGCCUUUUCAGUGAAAGAAGGAACAUUUUUCUAUGGUGCUGUCUCACUGCCUUAAACCAGAUUUCUCCAACAGUUUCAACAGUUCGUUUCAAUACUAAACCAUCAGUAAUUUCCACUGUCUCUUCAUUGACAACCAAGCAACACACCAGUUAACACAGCAGCCUCAUUUUCUGUAUAUCAUCUUUUUUAAUUUUCCUUUUCUUAAAAAAAUGGAUAGGAGAAAGGUCAGUAUUUUUAUCUUAUGAAUAAAGAGAUUUCUUUGCCUAUCCUGCAAAUAAUUCGAGAACCAUAGAACCCUUCUUUGGCCAUCACUUAAAGCAGAGACAUGUGGCUUCUUUCUGCCUAGUUCUAACUGAAAGCAUUUCAGAAGGUGGGAGAUACCCAGUCUGGAUCCAGUUGAACUACAAGCACUGGAUUCAGCAUGAGCACAAACCAUUUGGCUUUCCUCCCCUCAUGUUUAUCUUUCAAAGACAAAAGUUAGUUUCUGGCGCAUGUUGUUUUGAGUGCUAUCGUCAUACACGAGACAUUCUGCAUUAAGGAACACUGAUGUGGUCAGUCACUGUGGAAGAGGAAGCAUUUAUACUGUAUAAGAAGGUUAGAUUUGCACAGUCUACUGGGUAGGUAUUGUAAAUAAUGAUUUUUUUUUCCAAACUUGCACAAAUUCAAAAACAGACACAAACAAAAAUUGUAUUUUAUCCUGUUGGUGUUAAGAGGCGUCUCACUUGCUGAGGCUCCCUGUAUGCUGCAAGCAAAUUCAGAAUGCAAACCCUCAAAGCUGUUACUAUCUGGUGUGUUUGUCCUGUACUUAACAAGUUGUUGUGACAAUGCAGGAGCCAUCAGUGCUAGAGUGCGCAUGCUUCAGAAAGUGUACAUGAGGCUGGUACAAUUAUGGAUGAGUAACUGUCUGAAUGUACAUAUCUCAUGGCAGGCUAUAAAGACUGUGUGAGAACUAAUCAGUCACUGGCAAAGGUACACCGCUCACAGAGGUCAGGUUCCAAGUUUAUGAACCCUAAGGUCUAUGCCAUUGUAUAGAUGAAGCUCUGCGCGCCUUUUAGGACAUCUUAUUGGUGCUACCCUCUGUGACCACCUUUGGGUUGGCUUCUGUAGAGCAAAAUUAGCAACAAAAGGUACCUGUGCAGAUUUGAGAAAUGUCGCUAAGUAUCUAGGUCCUUUCACGGUGCUACCGCCCCGACGGAUAUCAGACUGAAUUUAUGCACACAGAAUUGUCACCCUGACUUUGGAACCUCAACUGUGGAUCAAAUCUAUUGUGCAACAUCAAUCUAUGUAGCUGGAUGAGUGACUAGUCGCCCUUGUAUGAUACGUGAGCUAAGGAAAUUGCUCAUCUUUCCCUGCCAUUUCCAGACACACAGUCAGUCCACACAUGAGCAUAAAGAGAACUUCCUGCAAUACAUCCCAGUAGGUACACCUAGUUUACAAUUUAAACUAGUUUGUGAAACAUUUGUCUGUACACAUUUUAUAUUUUGUACAUUUUUUGAUGUAACAUAUCAUGUAAAUAGGAAGAAGCAGUGAAAGAAAUCAUCUGAAAAGUUUUGUAGUCUUUGUAAAGCCCCGACAAUAGGUACUUGGUGUCAAUGGAUCUAACUGGAUGAUGUAUUUUCUAUUGGUUUAUUGUUCCCCUAGCUUGUAAACCAGCUUGCAUAUAUUUUUUUGCAAAUGUGCACCCUGUAUCUGUCUAAAUUAUUACUUUGCCAUUAAAGUGGAAUUAUUUAUUGACAACAAGGUGUGGUGUCUAUGUGCGGGGAAAUUUUGAAUAAUUAUGUGCAGGGACAUGUCAAGCUAUAAAAUGUUUCUUCACUAUGAAUAUGCCAUCAUUAGGGAUCUGUGUCAAUCUAAAUUCCAUAAGCACCAUAGGAAGGGCUCCAAAGCUUUUAAGUAAAUAAAUUAACUAAAUACAGUAUCUAUGUAGCUCCUAGAGUCAAAGUUAUUUAUUCAGUGAAUAUUUUUGAAAAUUCUGAAUGGUAUUCAAUCAUGCCUGAUAUCAAAAUACAAAUUAAUAUAGAAAUAAAAUGUUAAUAUUCACUGA